AUGAACUCACUCACGAUUAUCGUCUCGUUAUUCCUCAUUCUUACUGUAUCUUCAAUGGCUAUCUACGAAACGGAGGCAGCUGAAAACCCAGAAAUUGUUGCAAAGGAAAUGGCAAAUGGACUUUUUGGACAAUCCGACUUUUUCCUCUUCUUCAAACUCGCCAAUCCAUCUCAAAACACUCCAAAAUCUCGUAUUCAACGGUCAUCUCACAAGACAUGCGGACAAAAAAUUGUGGACUACACCAGAAAGAUUUGUGACAGUCUUGACACAUACACUAACAGCCAAUUGGAUAUAUCUACAAAAUGUUGUUCAGAAAAAUGCACUGAUGACUUCAUCAAGAAGGCAAUGUGCCCUGAUAAACAAUAA